AUGUCGAAAAUCUCAAAUCUAGACUACGCAGCCCUUAAUCUCUCAGGAGAUAACUAUUUACAGUGGGCGCUAGAUACAAAGAUCAACCUGAGGUCAAAGGGACUCGGUGAUACUAUCAUCGAGGGAAACAAUGAGAAUGAUAAAAACAGAUACAGGGCGAUUAGUAUUAUACGCCAUCACCUCAUUGAAGGUUUAAAGGAUCAGUACCUGACAAUGGAAAAUCCACUAGACCUUUGGACCGCUUUACAGCGUAGAUAUGAUCACCAGAAAAUGGUGCUACUUCCAAAGGCUAGAUAUGAGUGGAAGAAUCUCAGAUUCAUGGACUAUAAGUCCGUGGAUGAAUACAAUUCUGUAUUGUUGAAAAUAGUUUCAAUGAUGAGACUUUGUGAUGAAGAAGUAACCGAGAAAGAGUUACUUGAUAAGACCUUCUCUACAUUUCAUUCAACAAAUGUGUUGCUGCAGCAGCAGUAUAGAGAGAGAGGAUUCGCCACAUAUAUUGAUCUGAUCUCGUGCCUACUUAUGGCCGAGGCUAAUAAUGAACUGCUCAUGAAGAACAGUGAGAUGAGACCUCCAGGUUUAGCACCAUUACCAGAAGCUCACAAAGCUGAACAUGAAGAGAAAGAUCCCAAAGAAAGCAACCAUGUCUAUAAUGAGAGAAGAACACACGGCAGAGGCCGUGGUGGGUAUAAGGGACGUGGUGGCCGUGAGAAUUACACAUAUGGCCGUGACAAUUAUACUUAUGGCCGUGGAUAUGGAAACCACAAUAACCGUGGUCGUGGUUCCAACUAUGGCCGUGGAAGAGCCAAUUUUGGCCGCGGUGGAGGCGGUAUAUCCAAGCCGUUUUACUCGACCAAAUCCGUUUGUCACAGGUGUGGGGUGAGUAACCAUUGGGCCAAGAACUGUAGAACCCCUAAACAUCUAUGUGAACUCUAUCAAGAGAGUCUUAAGAACAAGAAUCCAGAAGCUCAUAUGGUUCACGACAAUGGGUAUGAUGUUGAUGAUGAUUUCGACCAUGAAAAGGAUGAUCCAAUGGAUCAUGAAACAUCAGAUUGUCUUAAAGACUAA